AUGAAGCAGGAAGCUGACGCGGAUUCCGUCAGCUUAAGGGAGUUGACUCGGCUUUUCACUACUAAUGAUAAGGCCGAGUGGUCUGAGAUCUAUACGCUGGGUCUGACUCCUUGUUUUGCUGCUCUGGUGAUUAUGGCUUCACACAACUGGAUUCCCUCAACCCACAGGAACCAUGUGUCAGAGGAGAGAGCCAAGCUCAUCUACAAGCUAUACAAGGGAAUUAGAGUUCACUUUGGUCAGCUUAUAUAUGAUCAGGUGAUGAGCAUGACCAGGUUUCAAGUCAAUGAGUCUCGCUGGCUUGUUUUCCCGCGUAUCAUCUAUGGUGUUCUUCAGAUGCAAGAUCCUCUUCCUUUGAUUGCUGGAGACUCCAUCUGUCGACCUCUGCAUUAUCACAAGGACAAAAGGUCUGGCAAAGAAUAUCUGAAGCGAGAAGAGGACAAAAAGAAGAAGGAAUCCAAGGCCUCUGCAUCUCGAGUUCGUCCUUCAACAGCGCCUGCGACAGAGUCUACAUCAGAGGGCUUUAUAACAGUGGAUCUUGGCUCUGUUCGCUUUCCUACUCCUCCACUUCAGCCGGCAGCUGCGAUUCAGGCACUAGGUGACAUGGUCUACACUCUCCAUACCUUCACUGAAGUGGUCCAAGGUCUUCUCGCCAACCUACAAGGGGGAGAACAGGAUGAACCAGGGGACGAAAACUAG